GGCACCGCUGGGAGUCCGGUCGCCCUCUCACAGCCCCCGUUCGGCGCCAUGAAAACCUUCUGCGGCCGAGCGAACCCCACCACCGGCGCCAUGGAGUGGGAGGAGGAGGACCAGGACUACGACUAUCACCAGGAGAUCGCGCGGUCCUCCUAUGCAGAUAUGCUGCAUGACACAGACAGGAAUGAGAAGUACUACAGUGGGAUCCGGGCUGCGGUUCGCAGGGUGAAGGAUCGAGGACAGGAGGCGAUUGUUCUGGACAUUGGAACAGGGACAGGACUGCUCUCAAUGAUGGCCAUGAGCGCCGGAGCCGAUUACUGUUAUGCGAUUGAGGUUUUUAAGCCGAUGGCUGACGUCGCUCGGAAGAUUGUGGAAAAAAAUGGAUUUGCCAAAAAAAUCAAAAUUAUCAACAAGCAUUCGACCGAGGUCACAGUGGGGCCAGAGGGGGAUCUGCUGUGCAGAGCCAACAUCCUGGUGACUGAAUUAUUUGAUACAGAGCUGAUCGGAGAGGGGGCAUUGCCGAGUUAUGAGCACGCUCACAGAUACCUUGUUCAGGAGGGCUGUGAGGCGGUUCCUCACAGAGCCACGGUGUACGCACAGCUGGUGGAGUCGAAACAGAUGUGGGCCUGGAACAAGCUGCUUCCUGUUCCCGUGCGUCUGGGCUGCGGAGAUGUGAGGGAGGUGGUGCCGCCCCCGGACAUGCAGGCCUGUGCCGGCUGCCCCACCGUCUAUGAUAUUCAGCUCAGCCAGGUGUCCCGCAGCCACUUCAAAGCCCUGACCCAUGUCACCGAGAUGUUCAGGGUGGAGUUCAGUAAAGCAGUGAGCAGUGCGUCCGCCCAGCACACUGUGCAGGUACCAGCGACCGCUAGCGGGCAGGCCCAGGUCGUACUGUCCUGGUGGGACAUGGACAUGGACCCUGAGGGGAGCAUCAAAUGUACAAUGGCCCCUCACUGGGCCCAUCCCUCUCCAGAUAACAUCCAGUGGCGGGAUCACUGGAUGCAGUGCGUGUACUUCCUGGCGACAGAGUCCACGGUUCAGAAGGGUGACCGUCUCCAUCUGACGGCCACUCACGACGAUUACUGCGUGUGGUACAAGCUGCAGGACAGCAGCGACAAGCAGGAGACAGAAGGAUGGGCACAGCAGCCUUACUGCUCCUGUCAGGCCCACCUCAUGUGCAACAGACAGCGUUUCGGACAAUUAAACGACCAGAUGAGGAAUGAAGCCUACAUCGAGGCCCUGAAAACUGUCGUGAAGCCGCACAGUGUGUGUCUGAGCAUCAGUGACGGCAGCCUGCUCUCUGUGUUUACGUGCUUACUGGGGGCAGCACAGGUAUUUAGCCUCGAAAGUUCUGCCUUGUCAAAGCAAGUUAUGGAAAAGAUCUUAGCUGCCAACAGGCUGGCUGGGAAGGUGACCAUCUCUGAGAAGCGACCAGAGCAGUUGACCUCCAAGGAUCUGGCUAACCAGCAGGUGUCGGUGCUGAUCGGAGAGCCCUUUUUCACCACCAGCCUCCUGCCCUGGCACAACCUGUAUUUCUGGUACGCACGGACAGCCCUGGCCAGACAACUGAGCCCUGAUGUCACUGUGAUGCCGUGCUCUGCCACGCUCGUCCUCAUGGCGGUGGAGUUCAGGGAUCUCUGGAGGAUCCGUGCUCCCAGUGGCAUGUGUCAGGGCUUCGACAUCAGCCUCAUGGACGAGAUGGUCCAGAAUUCUUUGGAUUUCCGGGAAUCUCAGGAGACGGAGCCGCAGCCUCUGUGGGAAUAUCCGUGCCGGGCGCUCAGCGAUCCUCUCCGCUCCCUGACGUUUGACUUCCGGCGGGAGGUUCCCGUGGAGAGCCUGCGCAGUGAGGGGUCAGUGCCGCUGCUCAGAACCGGAUCGUGUCACGGAGUGGUGCUGUGGAUGGAUUAUCAGCUGACUGAUGAUAUCGCCGUUAGCACCGGCUUAACCAGACCACCCACAGAUACGGGGGAUUGCACGUGGAGCCCACACUGUAAGCAAGGCGUGUACUUCCUGAGCUCGGAGUCACAGCGAGAGACAGCUGCGAGCUGCUGCUCAAUCCACUACACUGUCACUUUCCACCCAGGGACUGGGAAGUUGGCGGUGGAGUUUAAGCCUGUGUGGUGACCAGGUUAACCCUGCAGCCACGGUGAGCUGAGGAGGGCCGUAUACUGCUGAGCCCCAGAGUCACCACAGGAGACUGCGGGGAAACUACUUCCAGUGAAUCCCACAGCAGUCGAGUGGAGCCCACACCAAGUCCUCGCCAGACUCGUUACUGAUACGAGUGUUUGUGAACUGCAACAUGCAACCGGUUGUUUGAUCGAGGUGGAUUCAGUCACUGUGAGGCAGCUGGUAGUUCUCGAUUGUAUUUAAUAAUAUUUUCCAUUUCUUUUUAAGUCGCAUUAAAAAACAUU